UUUAUGCUACCUCCUUGACCUGAAACUGAAAAUAUAAUGGACAGUCUGGAUUUCUCAGAGGAGGAAAUUCAAGAACAGCUGGCGAUCCUGGGCUACAAAAACAUACCGAAACACAGGCUGCUGGAAUUCAAGCAAGAUCUUGAUGAACUGGUUCGACAUGGAGAAUGGGACAGUUUGGCCUCAUCCACUCAGAUAAACGCCGCCGCGUCUCAGCCGAGUCCUCCUGCCUACACCAAAGAGAAAGUCGGUCGGUGCUACUUUAAAGGUGACAGGUUUUUCUUACAUGCUGGACAAGCGGAUCCUGACAGACAGGUGCUCACCUCCUGUCAGAACAGACACGUCGGACGGCAGCAGGGACCCUGCGACUCGUACGCUCAGCACUCGGUGGCUCUGAAUCUCCGGCUGCCUCCCGGCGCUCCCGGCAGGCUGCAGGUGGAGCCGGAUCCGGAUCCUGGCGACGCUCUCCACCCGCCGCUCAGCGACAGCUACACGUCCACCCCCGACUCCCACAGGGGACGCUUCAUCAAGAGAAAAGUCCUGAGGAAACAUAAAGGACAGUCUCUUGUCUGCGAUGAAUCGGUCUACAGUGAAGACUCAGACGCAGCGAGUUUACUGGAGGAGCGGCUGGCGGAUCUUCGUUUGUCCUCGCCGACUCAACGCGACUUUGAGACUGAGAACGAGGACGUCUCCGGUCAGAGUGACGCCCAGAGCUCUGAGACGGAGGGAGUCUCCUACAGUGCCUUUGACUCCUACAUGAGAGGCAUGACGCGAACUCAAAGUGACGGUGACCUCAGACCCAAACCCAAAUCCUUCAUCCGACCAGUGAUGAGUCAGCAAACCUUAAAGAAGACGGACCCAGUGGCCAAGUAUUUCCAGUAUAAGCAGCUGUGGGAAAUGUUUAAACUUCCAGGAGAGACGGACAGAAGGGCUCUCCGCGUGGAGAUAAAGGAACGACUUGCAUACCAACCUCCUCCGCCCAAACCACGAAGAGUGUACGUGCCGAAUACCUACAUCGUGCCAACGGAGAAAAAACGCUCCGCCCUGCGCUGGGAAAUUAGGAACGAUUUAGCCAACGGACUCCUCCCACACAAAUUCAGUUAUCGAUUUUAGGCCUUUUGUUCUCAACAUGCCUUUUUAGAUACUUUUAAUACAAAUUUGUAUUUUCUUUUUUGACAUUGGCAUUAUUUAUUGAAUUUUUUUGUUAAACAUAAUAAACAGAUCAACGAAACAUUGCAGUCAGUGAAUAUAUUACAGGUCAUUUCUAUGGCAAGUCAGAGUACGGCAGUUUAAACGGGUACAGAGGCGUGUAGCGCUGGUCGUGCCAAAGCAGCUUGUCUUCCAGAAACUUGAUGGUUCCCAGAGUGAGGACGACUGCCUCGUGUUUCAGCAUG